ACAGAGAGAGAGAGAGAGAGAGAGAGAGAGAGAGUGCGUUGCUGACGUCAUCGGUUCAAUUUUAUGCCCCUGUCGUUCACUCGUUUUGUGAUUAUGACCCGGAAUACCAGCUGAAGAGAAGAAUAUAUUAAACGGACGUUUGGGGAAUUCUAUGUAUAUCAUUGGUAAGUCCAGAAACUCUGCACAGCAUUGGAUUAACUGGUGUUAACCGUUUGGAUUUUUUCUAAGAACAGGCCACCAAUCAAGAAAACAUGGAUGAACACCUUUUACGGGGUUCAAGGAUGCCUUAUGUAACACUACGGCUCAUUGGCUGUUAUGUGUGCAACUGUUGGGUCCAAACCUUGUGAACACACCUCGUUCAAACACGGUGCUCCACAGAAGGUGGACUGUCGAUGAUGUGAGUGGAUACAGAGGUGACCAUUGCACCUUCCAUGAUGGAAUCUGGUCCGUCACCUUCCUCGGACCCUCCGCACCUCAACAUCAGCAACUUUAUCAACCACAGCGUCAACGGCUGGAGUGACCUCCUCAAUGCCGACUCCUCGAGGAGCAAUCACACGCUGACCCUCCAUGGCCGCUUCCAUAGCGUCCUGCUGGGGGUCUGCCUGGGACUCCUUUCCCUCCUCACCGUCAUGAUGAACCUGCUCGUCCUCUACGCUGUGAAGAGAGAGAAAAGCCUCCACACCGUCGGGAACCUCUACAUCGUCAGCCUGUCCGUGGCCGAUCUGAUCGUCGGCGCCACGGUUAUGCCUCUAAACCUGGUGUAUUUGUUGGAGGACGAGUGGAAACUGGGACGGCUUGUCUGCCAAUUUUGGCUCAUCAUGGACUACGUGGCGAGCACGGCCUCAAUAUUUAGCUUGUUCAUCCUGUGUUUGGAUCGGUACCGCUCCGUCAGACAGCCGCUUAAGUACCUAAAGUAUCGAACCCGGGGUAAGGCCAGUGUGAUGAUUUCUGGAGCCUGGCUGCUGUCGAUGAUGUGGAUUAUUCCAAUUUUAGGGUGGAGGUCUUUCACUCAUGUAGACCUUAAACCCGAGGAGGAAAACAAGUGUGACACUGAUUUCCGCUUUGUCACGUGGUUUAAGGUCAUUACUGCUGUCUUCAACUUCUAUGUACCCUCAAUUUUGAUGCUGUGGUUUUACACGCACAUCUACUUAGCAGUAAGGCAACAUCUCAGGGACAGGGAGCGAAUCAUUCAUCCAACAGACUCAUUUGGGGAAAAUGAGAUUGGACCAAAUGCUCCAACAGCAUUGAAAAAUCACUCCAAAUCACCUAAGAGGGAUUUUGAAGUUCCUAUAAAACUUUCUAAAAAAAUACGUUUGUUGGACAAAAACACAUUAGAGCAGCCAUAUUCUCUUGAGGAUCCCACUAUAUCCAAAACGGCUUCAUCCAGAUCUCACAGGAAAAUUGGUGUCAAGUGCCAGCAGAGUUCAUUGCUAGCCUUGACAACAAAACGAAUUAGAAUUAAAAAGAAGGUCAAAAGUUGCCCAUCGUCUCCAGAGGAGAAGCACCCAGAGGUCGGGACUCCCCCGAGUCGAUCUUCGGUGCCACCGGACGUCAUUUGCUCUGAGGGGAAUAAUGAGAACAAACUUCAAGCAUCUUUGAACCAAUGUCACGUCACAAUGCCAAAGUCAGUGAGCGGCGUCUGUGAAAUCAGUCAGGUUACAGACAUGCAGAGAUACACCUCCGUGCUCUACAACAACUGUGAAGCCAGUCAGGCUCUGCCCUGGACUGGGGAAGGGGUCGAAGAGGCCAAACUGACUCCGGCUAAUGCUGGGGCUCUAAGACAGACGUGGCAAAGAUUUAUCGACCAAUCGUGUCAGCGCAUCCAGAGCCUUAGGAUACGUAAAGAGCACAAAGCAGCCAAGCAGCUGGGCUUUAUAAUCGCUGCUUUCUUGUUGUGUUGGAUACCAUAUUUCAUAACUUUCAUGGUCACGGCGUUCUGCAGAGAGUGCGUGCACCAUGACCUUCACAUGUUCACCAUAUGGUUAGGUUACAUGAACUCAACUCUCAACCCUUUCAUUUACCCACUGUGCAACGGAAACUUCAAACGAGUCUUCAAAAAUAUACUUAACAUCCAUUUUUGACAGGACAGCCAAAAUCAUAAAACCAAAUCAUUGGUGUCUAAAUGUUACCAAUGAGAAAGGAAGACGUGUUUCAGUGAUUGUUGGUCUUUAGCACCCUUGCAGAGAUGGGUGUUUCAAUUGUAAAUAAAACUGUCGAUGCAUUUUGAACAUCAGUUACUUUAUUGUUUUUUCUAAAAUUUCGAUUUUUGUAACUUGCUGCACUCCGAUUCAAACUCAUGGCAGCAGUUGAGGAAAAGGUCUGACUUCAAUGUUAUUUAUUGUGCGUGUGUUAUGUCAGACCAGACACCUAUAAAUUCCAAAGAAUUUGAUCUCUCAACCUCGUUAAGAGGAAUAGGACUUUAUAUUGGCUCUGGUCCAGAGCUGAGGUAAACUUUUUUGAAUGUAUUUUAAAGGAAAUCAGAUUCAAUUUUAUUUAUUUUUGCAUCAUCUAUGUACACAAAAAUAUAUGUAUCAUGAUACAA